GCCGUCUCUCCGCUGAUGACGUGGUGUGUUUGUGUUCCCUCAGCGGGGGCGGGGCACAAGGCGGGCUGGGCGUUCGGCCUGGGCCUGGAGCGGCUGGCCAUGGUCCUGUACGGCAUCCCGGACAUCCGGCUGUUCUGGAGUCAGGACCAGCGCUUCCUCAAGCAGUUCCACCUGGAGGACGUCCACACGCCCGUCUGCUUCCAGCCCCUCAGUAAGUUCCCCCCCCUCCACAACCACAUCUCCUUCUGGCUGCCCCAGACCCAUGAGCAACAGGACGACUUCACGGAGAACGACUUCUACGAGCUGGUCCGCUCCAUCGGGGGGGAGCUGGUGGAGGAGGUGGUCCUGGUGGACCAGUUCACACAGCCCACGACCGGGAGGCGGAGCCAGUGCUACAGCAUCGUCUACCGACACACAGAGAGAACGUUGACUCAGGAGGAAGUCAGACGAGUUCACCGGGAGAUAGAAAGGAGAGCAGAGACGGAGCUGAGAGUCCAGGGGAGAUACUGACACACACACACACACACACUCUCACACACACACACUCACACACACACACACACACACAUUUAUUGACCUUUAAAUUGGACUCAAACACAUUUGUUUUGGGGUUUUUUGAGGGUUUUUAUGACAGAUUUAUCAACUUAUA